CUGUAUUUCAAAAACGGAAUUCCAUCCGAACUCGAGACUUUCGAUUAGAAUUGGCACACACGAUAAAUGACACUAUUCGAGCUGUUCGUCAAAAUAAACCUUUGUUGUAUCAUAUUUAUUAUCCCUCGCAUGAACCAAUUCCAACCGUGUUUGCGAUAUGGUUUAAUAAUUAUCAAAUUUGUUUCGACCUUGAAUCAAAUAGAAAUACCAAUGCUACUAUUGAACUGGGACAUAUUGUGUACCCACCAAACAACAAUUCUUGGAUAUGGUUUCGAAAUUCGAGCAAUUAUAAAAAUCCAGAUCAAGAUAUUAUAAAAUACUUGAGACACUCUAGACCCACUUCUUCUGUCGAAUUUGCCAACGAUGAAUGCGGUAUCACUAACUAUUAUACCGACAGUAUAAAUCGUCAAUAUUCUAAUGGUCAGGAAAUAUCUCCUGGCCAAUGGCCAUGGGUGGUGAACAUCCUUAAAGAAUCAGACACCUUGUUUAUGUGUUCUGGUUCCAUUCUGACAACUCUUCAUAUUAUAACAGAUUUCAUUUUUAUAGCGGCGCAUUGCUUGUCACGCUUCUCUUUCGACGUCAAAGAACAUUCUAUUAAUUUGUUUGCGAUCUUUGAUCCUAAUAUAUCUGCGAAAGAAGAAAGUCUCACAAAAAGGAGAAUUGCGUACUAUAAAAUUCAUCCUGACUAUGUAAAAAUGUCUAUUGAUUCCAAUUUAGCGAUUGCAUUUCUAAACAGGCCUAUUGAGUACAGUCCUUUCAUUAAGCCUAUUUGUCUGUGGUCCGAUUCGAUGAACUAUCAGAACAUUAAUAAUGUGGGAUAUACUGUGGGAUGGCGCUCAAUUUGUUGUAGGUCAAAUUAUACUGACAUCAAAUAUCCACUGAUGGCGAGGAUGCCGAUACUGAAUCAGGAGAUUUGUGUCUGGAAUAACGAGAUUUAUUCCCGCCACAUAUCAAAUUACACUCUUUGUAUCGGUGGAAACAAAGGCACUCUUUGCAACGUUCCCGGUGACACCGGAGGUGGACUAGUCAUUUUCGAUGAAAUAACCGGCCGUUAUUAUUUACGUGGGAUUUUUUUGGAAAGUGUUUGCCAAGUUGGUUUUGACCUUACAAAGGAAUAUUACAUUUACGUUGACAUAUCUAAAAACAUACCCUGGAUUCAACAACAAAUUACAUAAUGCCAGCCUUUCCCCGCAAAAUGUGAAUGUAAUAAUGGUCAACUUUCUUUGAUUAUAUAAAGUUGCGGUAUUUAUAUACAAAAAGAUAGACAAUUUAACUUUUAAUUUUUAUUUUCAAUUGCUUAUUCUG